CUCUCUCUCUCCCUCUCUCUCUCACCGGUAUCCAACAACCCCCCUCUCUCUCUCUGACAUCUCCAGAUACAAAGAACAUCGCCAUACACAAAUCAAAGUCCUCUGUCCUGUUCUUCGAUUUGUCUGAGGUACAUGAGUCAAAGCACAGAUGCGUGUUUGACGAUCAGUCUCUCUUUCCUCCUCGAAAUGAAAAAAUAACAUUCGCAAGCCCUCAAGAACCAAAAAAGGGGAGGACCCAGAUAUUCUGUUCUAUUCAUCUUUGAGAAGUCCUGGUGUGAUUGAUCGAUCGGUGAUGGAGGAGGAGACGACCUGGACAAGGUUGGCCGUGGAGGAACGGAAGUCGAAGUACAGAGGAAAAGUGCACGGGCCGUUCGGGAUGGAAGACAUCGUGUGCCAGAGAAAGAACAUGUUAACCUCGAAAGGGGUGUUCUUAGGCAGCGACCCCCUCAAGUACACGAUGCCUAUUCUCAUGAUGCAAAUGGCCGUCAUCGUCCUCACCUCCAGGCUCGUUUUCCGCCUCCUCAGGCCGUUGAAGCAGGGCAUGAUCUCCGCCCAGGUCUUGGCCGGUAUUAUCCUAGGCCAGUCUGGUUUGGCCCAAAACGCGAAGUACGCGGAGAUAUUCCUCCCGGUGGGAAGCAAAAGCACGCUGCAAACGCUCUCGAACUUUGGUUUGAUCAUCCACAUCUUCCUUCUCGGCGUCAAAAUCGACCCAAGCAUCCUCAGAAAGGCCGGCUCUAAAGCCUUCUUGAUCGGCACCGCCUCCUACGUCUUCCCCGUGACGAUAGGAUACCUCACCGUUAUCUCCAUGAACAAGACUUACAAUCUCUCCGAAGACUUAAUGCAUUGUCUCAUCACAGUCAUCCAUCUUAGCUCCAUGACAACUUUUCCGGUCAUGACGACAGUCUUAGCCGAGUUGAACAUUCUGAACUCCGAGCUUGGUCGGCUUGCUACUAACUGUUCCAUUGUCUGCGAGGCCUGCAACUGGUUGGCCUCGCUCGUGUCUGACCUUUACAGACGUCAACUAACGACGAGCGUAGUGACGGUCAUGUGGAUAGUGGCUCUGCUCUUCGUAAUCGUUUUCGUAUGCAGACCCAUCGUCAUGUGGCUAACAGAGAGAGAGACCAAGAGCACAGGUAACAACCGCGAGAUCCCCUUCUUCCCAAUUCUCGUGAUCAUGUUUCUGGUCAGUAUAGGAGCCGAAACGCUGGGCGUUCAUGCCGCGUUCGGUGCGUUUUGGCUCGGCGUCUCGCUUCCAGAUGGGCCGCCGCUGGGGACUGCAUUAGUGACGAAGCUGGACGUGUUUGCGACCAGUCUUCUGGUUCCUUGUUUCGUGUCGAUAGGUGGGUUCGAGACAAACUUCUUCAUGGAGGGAGAUGGUAACGCGAACCUGAUCAAGGUUGUGAUCCUUAUGACGAAUGGUUGCAAGUUUUUCGGGACAGCGGUCGCGUCCGUCUACUGCAAGACGCAGAUUCGAGACGGGCUUUGCUUGGCGUUCUUGAUGAGUUGCAAAGGAAUCAUCGAGAUUUACGCCUUGAUCACGGUGAAGGACGCCGAGUUGAUAAGCACAUACUGCUUCAAUCUGUUGAUUAUCACGAUCCUUCUCGUGACGGGCGUAUCGCGUUUUCUGGUCGUGUACCUCUACGAUCCUUCCAAACGCUACAAAAGUGCGAGCAAAAGAACCAUUCUUGGCACCAGACAACAAAACCUUCAGCUUCGUCUUCUUCUCUGUAUCUACGAUGUCGACAACAUUCCUUCGCUGGUGAAUCUUCUGGAAGCUUCGUACCCAACAAGGUUCAGCCCCAUCUCCGUCUGCACUCUACGCCUCAUCGAGCUCAAAGGCCGAGCCCAUUCAGUCCUCGUGCCACACCAUAAGAUGAACAAAUUCGAUCCCAACACUGCCAAGUCCACUCACAUCGCCAACGCAUUCCGGCGUUUCGAGCAGCAGAACCAGGGGACGGUCAUGGCUCAGCAUUUCACGGCCGUGGCUCCAUUCUCGAGCAUCAAUGACGAUGUCUGCACUCUCGCACUCGACAAGAAAGCCACCCUCGUCGUGAUACCUUUCCACAAGCAGUACGCCAUCGACGGGACAAUCGGUUACGCAAACCCCGCGGUUCGGAACAUCAACCUUAACGUGCUCAACACUGCACCAUGUUCUGUCGGACUGUUCAUCGACCGGAGCAGGACCACCGGCUGUCGAUCCGUGCUAAUGGGCCAGACGUGGCAGAACGUGGCCGUCCUCUUCAUCGGUGGCCGAGACGACACCGAGGCGCUCGCCUUCUGCAUGAGAAUGGUAGAGCGACCCGACUUUAACGUCACGAUGAUCCAUUUCAAGCACAAGAGCACUCUACACGACAGUGGAAACAACAUCGAGAUGGGAGAGAUUCAGCUGGUGCAAGAAUUCAGGAGAUUCGCCAUGAACAAAGGCAAAGUGAAAUACAGAGAAGAGAUGGUGAGAGAUGGCGUGGAGACCACGCAAGUGAUUAGGUCACUGGGGAACAGCUACGACAUGGUGAUGGUGGGUCGAGACCACGGCCAAGACCUCGAGGCCUCUGUCUUGUACGGCCUGACGGAUUGGAGUGAGUGUCCGGAGCUGGGGGUGAUCGGAGACGUGUUGGCUUCGCCGGAUUUUAACUUCUCGGUGCUCGUUAUUCAUCAGCAGCCUGGGGAGGAGUCUCUGGCUUACGACGACGCUUAUUCAUCUCUGCCAGUUACUUUUACCAACGGUCGACCUGGGAAAGGACUAGCAAAUGACUAUGUCGAGGCAUAUUGAUUUCAUGAACCAUAUUCCUAUUAUUAGGCAUAUAUUUUUUUUUAUAUAAAAUAUAUUUUUAUUGCACAUAUUUAAAACAGACCUAAUUCUAAGCCUCGUCAAAAGCCCAUUAUCGGCCCAAUAUAACCCAACUAAACUAAAGUGGUGUGGCUUUUCACCAAUUACCAUUUUGUUCGUAUAUUAC